CUUGAAGGAAAGCCAUCAAGGUCGUGGAGACGAAAAGGGGGCUGUUUUGAACUGCAUCUGCUCGUUAUUUUGAGCUGAGCCCUUUUUUGGUCUGUGUAUUCCUGAUAUGCAAGUACAUAAAUACUUACUGGAGUCUGUAAAAUAAACAUACUUCUGCGCUCUUCCUUAUUUGUUGUGAAGUUUCAGAGAAAUACUGUACAUAAAGUGAAUCGAAUCGCUCUCAACAUCUAGAGGGAUGUCAGAGGAAGUCCAGCAUCUUUGGAGCAUUUACUGAUGGAUAACUCGAGUUGCUCCAACGUUCAGUUAUGUCAAAGUGUUGAUAAUCAGUUGCAAAUUAGUGUCACAGAAGAACUCACAUCCCUACAUUCGUACGAAAAAACAAUCCCUAAUCAUCCUGAUCAUUCACCUCAGCUGGAAGUAGUCAAUCAUCCAAAUCAUACUAUUCCGAGUCACAUAUCUGUGAUUGAUUCGAAAGACCAAAAUCAUAAUAGUACGAUUGUUGAAGACGACAAUUUUGUGGUGGAUAUUGAACUAAUCAGUCUUACCAGUCAACGACAGUCGAUCCCACGUUAUCGUCUUCGAGUGGAUCCAUGUACUGCCUUUUUAGGUUAUAAAAACAAGGAUUUCAGAUCUGCUAGACGAAUUACUCGUGAUUUUCCUAGUAAAUAUCUGUCCAAAUCACCAACUGAGCUAACCACAAUAGGAUACAUUGGUUCUGAUACAACCAAUUCUCUGCAUAAAACAACUGAUAAGAAUUUGGAGGAAGACCACUCUGAAGAGGAAGACGAAGAAGGCGACACCCUCAGUUUAACAGAAGAACAGAUCGAAAAUACUCUUGAUUAUUUUAUUCUUUGUGGCUUGAGAGUUAGUCAAAUGACUCAUACUUACGAAGAUUUGGAUGCAAUUACAAAAUUGUUGGAAGAAAAACAAACAGAUCUUGAAUUGGCAGCGAAAAUUGGUAAAAAUCUACUAGCGAAAGUGCAUGACCUUCAGUCAAGAUUAUUGGAAGCCGAAAAAAGUGUAAACGAUCGUGAUGAAGUAAUUAGCCAAUUGAACCAUAAUCUCACAGUGAAAGAUAACCUACUACGUAUAUUCCUAAGAGAUUCCGGUCAAAUUACUGAUAUAAAUGACGAUCAGUCUAGCAUAGUAUCCAGUGGCCGUGUAUCACCUGUUCGCAGUCAUCAGGGAUUAUCGUCUAGUGCCGGUGGAGGCAACGGAUUUUGCUUGUCUUCAGUCAACUUUUCGCAGUUGCAUAAAAAACUUGAAGAUUUAGAAGAAGAAAAUAAUCUACUACGUCAAGAGCGUAAUCGAUUGUCCGCUACUGCAGAUAAAUUAGAUGAACAUGAAACUGUGUUAGUUCGAGAUUGUACACGUGAAUUAAUUGCCGCGAAUAUGCGUAUAGAUAAUUUAUCAGAUGAAUUAGUUAAAAAAGCUGAUGCCUACAUGAAUCAACAAUCUGAAAAUACGCGUCUACUAACGAGAAAUUUAGAUUUAGAAAAUCGUGUCAGACAGUUAACAACAGAAAAUGAAAUGUUAGUAAGUCGACUGAAUGAAUUACAAAUGUCAUAUUCGUUACUGGCAAGUGAAUUGAAAACGUCACGUGAUAAAUAUGAUGAGUGCUUAACACUUUAUAAUGAAGCUAGGUCUGAAAAUCGUACCUUACGUAAACGUUCUCGUCGUGGUUACUAUCGUCCUAAUUCACUUAUACCGAGUAAUUCUCUAUUGAAUAAUUCAGUAUUACCCACAAUGCCAUCUUCCUAUUCAAAUGGAGCUGCUUUAACCCCACAGUCAGAUCCGAAUCCUUUCUAUGAUUGCCAUCGUUCGUGUUUAUCUGGUUAUCAGGUAGUUAGCGAUGGUAGUACAUCUUCUCUGGAUAUGUUGACUACACGAAAUCCGGAUUCAGAGCACUUGGAAUCUUCGCUAGCUGUAGAAAUAAAAGAAACUGCAACAGAUAAUAUGAAACAUUUACUUCGAGCAAUGGAUCAAGUUCGUCAUACGCGUACACUCAGUAGUAGUGCUCCUUCCACUGCUGGUAUCACAGUUAAUUCUAAUAAUGAUAGUAACAAUAAUCAUAAUAUUGUUUUAAUUGAAUCAGGUGUGGAAGAUACCAUGUCUAGCAGUGGUUUUAUUAGUGGAUCAGAACCUUCAAGUAAUCUUCACAAGCAUCAGUUCCAUAGAAGUGAACAAAACUCAAAUUCUGAAAGUCCAUAUUUAACUAGACCACUUAUUUCAAACUAUCUCAGUCCUAUUCAUUUGUUAGAUGCUGAAAAAAGUAAAUCCAACGAAUUAAAUCGUCACGUUCAACAACCUACAAAUCCGAAUUAUUUAUUGGAGUCCGAAAAACGUCAUAGUUGGUUUGAUUGUGGUGUAACCUGUAAUUCAUCAUCUGACAAAGGAUAUUAUUCAAUUCGUGAUAGUGGAAUGAAUUUUCAGAACAGCUUUGAUGAUAGUCUACUAUCGUAUAAUCGAAAUGUAGUGUGCAGUUGUAAAUCAUAUCGGAAUCUGCCUCAACGUUUGAAGCUGAUUAAACCAAUAGAUGGUUCUAAUGUUCUUCAACAUUGGCAGCAUUUAGCUACUCCUAGUUUUACCCGAGCACUUUUUGAAGCCCCACUACCUGGAGUUCAAAGUCGUGCUGGAGUAUCCGAUUCAACGAACGUAAACUGUCCGACAUUGGUUAACACUACUGACUCUCGACAUCAUCCUGUUUCAGUGGGAUCAUCACCUAUUUCAAGCAGUUCCCGAGUUCAACUUGAAUGCAGUAAUAGUUUGACUGCUCAUUCAUCUUCGGAUGUACCACAAGUUCAACCAAAUAUGAAAUCAGCUGAAGAAUCAUUAAAAAAGUGUGCUGAUAUAAAACGAUUCGGAUCAGAUUCACCAACAUGUUUUCUGAAUAAUCAAUUUAGAACACGAUCAUUAGAUCAUCUAGUAAUAGGACCGUCAUCUUCAACGUACAGAGAUAGAAUUAGUAACAAUACUAAUAAUAACGAAUCUAUCCAGUUUCAUCAAUCUUUUGAUCAUGUAAAAAGAAACGAAUCAGCAUCAUCAUAUCUUUCCUCAUUCUCGGUAACCUCAUUGGUGUCUGCUCUGUUACCGUUCGCUACUACCAUUCUGCCUUCUGCAUCAUUAUCCGAUAAGAGAGGUGUUUCGGUCAACAAUGAAACAACAACAAAAACAUCACACAAUGAAUUGACACGUUUACGAUUGAAGUAUCCAUCAUCAUCGACAACCGGUUUGGAAGGUUUACUGGAUGUAAAUACCAAAGAUACCGAUUUGUCAGAAUCAUUGUUACACAGAACGUCAGCCUCCAAAUUAAUUGAUCGCAGUGGAUUAUCUUCCAAUAACAAUGUACCGAAUUCAGUUGUCCUUCCAAAUCCUCAGCCUCCAACACUAAUUUCUACUGGUGUUAGUCGUGGUUCUGUUUCACAUUCACGUCCAGUGCGUACUAGUAACUUGACAGAAAUCACAGAAGAGUCUGGUUCACCACCGAAACCAGAAAAUGGUCAACAGCCAUUGUCGUCUUCGGAAAAGUAAGAACAGUCAAUAUGUUAUGGUGUUAGUUCCAAAAUGGUCGAAAAAUUCAAAGUAGUAGAUUAAUUUUUGAUGGAGUUAACAAUGACCAGUUGUUGUGAGAUUGUUACAUAAUAAACAUAAAGAAUGAAGAAUUUCUUGUUGUAUCAUCUGUGUAUCUGUUCCAUAUGAAAUUUUAGUCUUUCAGUUAUAUAAGUUCUUGUCAGUAUACACUGCGUUUUCUCAUAACAUAUUUUUACUGUAGUGGUGCCUGUUAAUCAUGCAUAAACACAUAUAUUACGUUAUGAAAAGUACAGCUGCAUUAAACGUAAUAAUUCCCAUAAGAUAAGUGGGGCCAGAAUCUGAUUAUUUAUCUUUUAUUGGACAUUGUUUUCUUCUUUGAUCUUUUUAUUUCCUCACUUUGAUUUAACGUUUGUUUUGUCCGGUGUAGUUUGUUCUUUUCAACUGAUAUUCUACUACUUUCUUAUGUGUUGUUUUUCCGUUAUAUUUAAUGCUUGUGUUUUUCUAUCUUGGCUCAUUCCCACUCUAUUGUUGUCUUUUUGAAAUUAUAAUAUUUUUCAUUUCAUUAUAUAAGAUUGAUAAUUAUCCUAGUAGAAGAGCGAUGAUGAAUUAUGCCAAGUUUGAUCAUCACAGAUUACGUUGAGAAAAAAAACCACCAUUGAUUCCGAUCAAGUAUAGUUUUACAGAAAAAAAACAAUAUUUGUAAUCAGUGCUGUGGUUUUAAGAAAGAUUCUCAUUGCAGCUGGUUGCAUUUUGUGGCUUUUCUGGUUGUUGAAACGUGUUAGUAGUUACGUGUAUGCUUAUUUCACAUUUUUUUACUUCAUAUAUAACCCAGUGACAUUAUUUUAGAUUCUUUUUUUUUACAAAUAAAAUAGAUCAUUAAAAUUA